AUGGCCUCAACAAGACCUUAUAAUUACUUACCCGGCCUCAUUAUCUACCAUAUCCUCCAACUUCUUCGCACAAAACUUGCAGCCCAGGCUAGCUUUGUUUCCAAGCAAUGGGCAGAGGCAUGGUCCUCGAUCCCGGUGUUCGAAUUCAAGGAGGGCGAUCCAUACAAUCAUGACGGAAAAUUCAGGCUCCGAAUGAGGUACCAGGGAGAUGCGAAAGUCCUAGAUGCAUGGUUGAGAUCUGCAGUUGAGAGAAGCGUGAAAGAGUUAGAUAUAAGCCUUCGAAACGUACCGACCGUCAAACCCUACUGCUUGCCCCAAACCCUUUUUGAUGCAAAGCUUUUAACCACUCUCAGUUUGGAGGAUGUGAGAAUAGAGGACAAUGCUGAUCAGCCUAUAUGCUUACCAUCUCUAAAAUCCAUGUCCUUCAAAAUGGUGGACUUCGAGGGCAUGGCACUUUCCAACCUAAUUUCAGGCUGCCCUUGGAUCGAGCAUUUGUCCUUAAAUUUAUGUGACCUCGGCUCCUGGACUUGGAAACUCAAAAUUUCAAGUUCGAGUCUCAAAUCCUUUGAAAUUUUCGAUUGCUAUUCUCGCCACAUUGAAGUUGAAGCCAAGAAUCUUGAGUCUUUUAAAUUUGAUUCAGACUUUGAAUUGCUUGAGAGCAUGGCAUUGUUUGAUUGCACCAACUUGAAAUGCAUUAACAUCUUCAGCCAGCACCUUCAACACCUCAUAUUAUAUGCAUUGUGCCAAAACAGUGUCGAGGCAACAAUUAACACUCCAAAUUUAAAUUCUUUUGAUUUUAGUGGAUAUUUGAUGGCUAACGUUUCCAUGGCCCCAUUGAAAGAUUUGUCGGAUGCAACACUCAUACUUUUGGAUCACAUCAGAGGACCCACCUUCAGCUUGCCAUUGAAUCAUUUUUCUACUUUGAGAGACUAUCUUGAACACUUUGAUUGCUCCAAAAAAUUGAAACUGUACAUUCAUGAUGCUGAGGGUGUCAUGUUUCCAGAAGAUUUUAGAGAGGCCUUCCCUUCACCAUUACCAAAUCUCAAGCAUCUCAACAUAGUCAUGAAUUCCGCAGUAGAAGGGAUAAAGUCUGCGUUGAUGGAGUCCUUGCAUUGGAUGGCACCCUCUACGGUAACCAAAAAAGGAGGAGGAAGAAGGAAGAGAGAGAACCCACCAGCAAUCGCCGUCGCACCCAUCGCCAUCGCCGUCGCACCCGUCGCCAUCGCCUUCGCCGUCGCACCCGUCGCACCCGUCGCCAUCGCCAUCUCAGAUUCAUUUGGUUGGUUAAUCUGUGAAGUCGGAAUUGUCGAAAUAUCAAUUUUAUGCCCUAAUAUUCUCAUCUGUUGUGGGCAAACCCAAUCCUAUUUAACUCAGAUAAUGAAAAUGAAGAAACCUCGAAGCACAAUCUCCACAUCAAGCAAAAUAAAGUUCGAAGAAUCCAAAUCUUCGUCUUCAUCCGAAGAUGAGGAGGAGAUAGAGCAGGAGCUGGCAGAUGUGACAUUUGGAGAACUGCAAAAGGCACGCUCAAACGGGUCACAUUUAUUGCACCCAAAGCCCAAAGAAGAGAAGAAGGGUGGCCGGGCGAACAAGAACCGGCCAAUGGAGGUUAGUUGCAAGAAGCCUGUUCCAAGAUUUCGAGAGAUCAUUCAAGGUUCCAAAAAGGUGGUACGUGACCCACGUUUUGAAUCUUUAUGUGGAACACUGGAUGUUGACGGGUUUAGGAAGAGAUAUGACUUUCUUUUUGCAAACGAGCUUCCUGCCGAGAGAGAGGAACUGCAGAAGCAAGUGAAAAAAUCCAAGGACCCAGAAGUCAUUGAAGAACUAAAGAAACACAUAUCUUGGAUCGAUAAACAGCUCAAAUCUGAGUCAGCCAAGCGCACUGAAGCUGCAAUACUGGCCGAGCACAAGCAAAAAGAGAGAGAAGCAGCAAAGCAAGGGAAGCAACCCUUUUUUCUUAAGAAAUCUGAGAUCCGAAAGAAACGACUUAUGGAAAAGUAUAAACAACUCAAGGGAUCUGGCAAGCUUGAAGCCUUCAUCGAGAAAAGGCGCAGGAAGAAUGCUGCAAAGGACCACAUAUACAUGCCAUACCGUAGGCCUGACAACACUGAGCAACAAAUUUAA